UCUCGCAUUGCUGUUACGACAACGGUCGAGUGACGUCGUUUUACCAGUGUGCAUGCGUUCCGCUCGCCGCCGACCGUACGACAUGUCAUGAUGUGUAACAGUUACGAUAUAAUAUCAUAUUUUUUUACGUGAUAUAAAAAUACAAUAUGUCGCGCGUAUAACGACAGGAGAUUUUCUAAUUAAUAACUAUAUUUCGUCUUAAUAAAUAAUAACUUAACUAUAUUAUUAUCGUGGUCGUCGCUAACGAUCGCCCGUGUUCGUCCGCGCAAUAAUACUAUAUUCGAUUUUAAUAAUAUAUAGGUAGGUAUUAUGUUGGCCGAGGAGAUGUCCGCUGCAACAACGUGAACAUCGUGUGCACUUACACGGCGGCCCGCACGUACAUAGGUAUAGAUGUGGCAACUGUCGGCUUGCGAUCGGAAUGAUCUCAGGAGACACUUGCAGAUGGCCACCGCUCUCAACCGGGCCAAACCGUUUGGACAUACGGCUCAACUUUUCUACAACGAUCCGUAUGAGGUAGUCAACGCGGCCAGCAGUCGGCUUGUUGCCCAAGCGGCCGCAGGCUCGGGACAAAUACAAUUGUGGCAGUUCCUGUUGGAGUUGCUGGCCGAUUCCAACAACGUUGGAUGCAUUUGCUGGGACGGUCCCGGAGGCGAAUUCAAGCUGAUUGACCCUGAUGAGGUAGCUAGGCGUUGGGGCGAACGCAAGUCGAAGCCCAACAUGAACUACGAUAAGCUCAGCAGAGCUCUCAGGUACUAUUACGAUAAGAACAUCAUGACUAAAGUUCACGGCAAACGUUACGCGUACAAGUUCGACUUUCACGGGCUGAUGACAGCGUGCCACCAGAGCCAGCCGCAGAUGCCGGCGGCGCAGUCAGGCCCUCAAGCGGCCGCUGGCCCAUCAUCGGUCGCCGUGCCGUCUGCGCCGUCGCCAUCCGAUUUUGCCGGUGGCCUGUACGGCCAGCAGCACGCUUCUGCUUCCGGCCCACCGACCGCCAUAUUUCCGGCCGGGCCGUCCUACUGGGCCACAUCCGCCGCGGGCCUUUCUACUCUAUACCAACAUCCGGCCGGGCCGCGGUAUCCGCCGUAACUCAAUAAGUCAUAGUAAUAUUGACCAUAGGGACUGAUUAUCGAACUUUUCGAACCCCCGAACACCCCGAACUUCGAUAUUUUCGUAGUACAGUUCCAAGUUCAUUGGAAACCGAUGCUCGAAAUCGAAUACUUCAAACUCGAAACGUUUCAAACAGUUUCAGAAAAAGCAAAUUCCAUGUCGAUACUAUUAUAAAUAUAAUUAGUAUUUAAAAAAAUAUAAAUAGCCGUACCCUAUAGACUAUUGGGUAUAGAAUACCUUUUUUAUUUCACGAAUUUCCCGUAUGGCCGAUAAAAAUUGUCACCAUUUCAUAAUUAUUGCGUUGUAAUUCGUCUGGAGUUCGAGGGUUCAAUGUGUUCGAAAAGUUCGAGUUUGAUCUCAAUUCGAAUUUAAAUUCGUGAAAAUUUAAGUUUGACCAUUCCCAUAAUGCACCCAAUAGCUGUAUACCCUCGCGCUGCAGUUGUCGCACUUUCCUAUGACCAAGUAUUAUUUCGACUGUCGAACACACUUUGUCGUUGAAAUAAUUGCAUAAUGAAUAAUUAUUGUUUUGGACAUGGAUUCCAAUAAUAUAUAUUGUUCAACAUUCUGUUUUGUAGCAAGUAUCGAAAUGAAGCGUGGUUAUCAUGAAGCACGCAAACACAAUAUUAUAGGUAUACACUUAUUAUUAUUGAUAUUUCAAUUGUUUCUAUGCAUAAAAACGUGCAUUGUACCUAAUUAGUAAUAAUACUUUAGAAGUUAACCCCGCCCUACUACCGUCACUAAUUACACGGGGGGUGAUCCACUAUUUUUCUCAGUAUUAUGUGACCUAUUAUAAGACGUAGGUAAGUGCGUGAGAAAUUUUAUUUCAACAAAUAUGUUUAUUGAUAAUCGUUUAAAAACUGUCAACAUGACUUUCAAUUUUUCAUUGUAUAUAAUAUUAUACUGUGUCAUUAUAAAAAGAUAAUUAUAUAAAUAUUGCAAGAUAAUACAACAUGCAUAUACUCGUACACUACAAUUUACAAUUUUAAAAUAUACCUACUCAUAACUUGCUUCAAAAUUAUAUCAAAACAAAUAAAUGACCUAGUGGGGCCCUGGAUAAUAAUCCUUAUCUUUACAUUUGAUAAUUGAAUAUUAAAAAUAGGUAAUAGAAUAAAAUGGAUUAUUCUAAACUUAAAAUUUGGUUUGUCAUUGUUAUGAGAUGGAUCAUGGAUACAAUAGUAUUAUAGGUGCAAUAUACAGGUACGACAUCUUCUUAAAAAAAAUUUAUAUUUUUGUCAUUAAUUUACAUUAAUAAUACACCCAAGUCUCAAAUAUCCAACUAAUUAUUAAUAUUAGGUAUAAUACUUCCAAGUGAAAAUGAUCUCAUGAAAAGUGAUUUCAAAUUAAUAUAGUCGUAAAAAAAAUUACAUUAAAUGACUGUUUUUACAUGUUAUAUAGGUAGGUACUUAAAAGUUUGUAUGGCAAAUUAGUAUUUAAUAUUUGGUUAUCGAAAUCUGAAAUUAAUUGAGUGUCUCGCGAGCGGCUUUCUCAUAAAUUCGUUUAUUUUCCGGAUUGAUGCUCCACGAGUGGGGUCGUGACUCGUGAGCUAGGUUGACCCACAGUCCUAAAAACCUGGAAACUCCCUCGUACUUAUCUAUAUACAAUACCCAGUAUAGAAUUUUACAUUUAUAAUAUCAUUAUAAUUAUGUACUCUGUACUUGACUUCACCACGCGUAUACUGCCGUACAUGACCAUCAUCCGUAUUAGUAGGUAUAUCUAAACGUGUGUUUGAUUCGAAUACGAUCGACAUCCUCUAGCAAUGACUCUUAUGUGGCUUAGUGAUAUACACAAGCAUAGGGGGGUUGAUGAGGCUAAGCCCCCUCCCAAAAGUCCGUUAAGACUUUUUGGACUUUUUCCAACAGUUAUUGUGAAGGAACAAAGCCCCCACGAUUUAGGUUUUUUUGAAAAACAAGAGCCCCCUUCCCCAAAUAAUUUCAACGGAUUGUCGCUUAUGUACACAAGUGGUAAAUACUUACAUCGUA